AUGUCUGCUUCUACUAUGAUGCCGCACCUGCAACCUCUCUUACCUGUAACCAUGACGCCAACUCGGAAGUUUAAAGCCUUGGAGCCACUAGCGCUUUUGGAAAAGAUUGACCGUAUUGAAAUUAACGGCACGAUAGUGCGAGGCGGCGUCGUGUUUUACAUACUUGACGUAUAUUUGAAGCACUGCUCGUCGCGAAUUCCAACCAACAAGACUGCCAAAGCUACUUGCAGUGACCGACCUGACUAUCAAUUGGAGCGACGGUUUAACGACUUUGCCAACCUGCGUUAUCAAGUUUGGGCAUACGCGCAGCGCAGAGUGCCAAGAUGGAUUUUCUUGCAGAUACUGCGAAGAUUUCAUGAACUACAUUGUGCACUCGAUGUCACAGCCAAGGUUGUUUGUCAAGCUGACCACUGGCGUGGAAACGCGAAAGAAGCUGAUGGCAACGUUUUGCAACGAGUUCAUCGGCAUGACCAUUGGUGA